CUCCGAGCCCGGGCCGCCGCCGGCGCGGCUGGGAGAUGUGCCCGGAGGAGGGCGGCGCGGCCGGGCUGGGCGAGCUCCGCUCCUGGUGGGAAGUGCCGGCCAUCGCGCACUUCUGCUCGCUCUUUCGCACGGCGUUCCGCCUGCCCGACUUUGAGAUCGAGGAGUUAGAAGCAGCUCUUCACAGAGAUGAUGUGGAGUUUAUCAGUGACCUGAUUGCCUGCCUGCUUCAGGGCUGCUAUCAACGAAGGGAUAUCACGCCUCAGACAUUCCACAGCUACCUAGAGGACAUCAUCAACUACCGUUGGGAGCUUGAAGAAGGGAAACCGAACCCUCUGAGAGAAUCCACUUUCCAAGACCUGCCUCUUCGUACUCGUGUGGAGAUCUUGCACCGGCUCUGUGAUUAUCGGCUCGAUGCAGAUGAUGUCUUUGAUCUUCUCAAGGGUCUGGAUGCAGACAGUCUCCGUGUGGAACCACUGGGUGAAGACAAUUCUGGAGCACUCUAUUGGUAUUUCUAUGGAACACGAAUGUACAAAGAGGACCCGGUACGAGGAAAAUCCAAUGGAGAACUCUCUUUGAGCAGGGAAAGUGAAGGACAGAAAAAUGUCUCAAGCAUUCCUGGAAAAACAGGAAAAAGAAGAGGAAGACCCCCCAAACGGAAGAAACUACAGGAGGAAAUUAUAUUGAGUGAAAAGCAGGAAGAAAACUCCUUGGCAUCUGAGCCACAGGCAAGAAAUGGGUCCCAAGGGCCAGGCCAAGGCACUUGGUGGCUCCUAUGCCAAACAGAAGAAGAAUGGAGACAGGUCACUGAGAGUUUUCGAGAGAGGACCUCCCUUCGAGAACGGCAGCUCUAUAAGCUCCUCAGUGAGGACUUCUUGCCUGAGAUCUGCAACAUGAUUGCCCAGAAGGGAAAACGUCCACAGCACACAAAGGCAGAGUUGCAGCCUAGGUGGUUGUCUGACCACCUGUCCGUCAAAUGCAUCAAGCAAGAGGAGACGCCUGUGCUCACCAGAAUAGAGAAACAGAAGCGCAAAGAGGAGGAGGAAGAGCGUCAGAUUCUUCUGGCAGUGCAGAAGAAGGAGCAGGAGCAGAUGCUGAAGGAAGAGAGGAAACGGGAAUUGGAGGAGAAGGUCAAGGCGGUGGAAGAUCGCGCUAAGAGGAGAAAGCUCAGGGAAGAAAGAGCAUGGCUGCUGGCACAAGGGAAGGAGCUCCCUCCAGAACUUUCCCAUCUGGACCCCAGUUCCCCCAUGAGGGAAGAAAAAAAGACCAAGGACCUCUUUGAGUUGGAUGACGAUUUCACUGCCAUGUAUAAAGUUCUAGAUGUGGUGAAGGCUCACAAGGAUUCCUGGCCCUUUUUGGAACCUGUUGAUGAAUCUUACGCCCCUAACUAUUAUCAGAUUAUUAAGGUCCCCAUGGAUAUUUCAAGCAUGGAGAAGAAACUGAAUGGAGGUUUAUACUGUACCAAGGAGGAGUUUGUCAGUGACAUGAAGACUAUGUUCAGGAAUUGUCGAAAAUAUAAUGGAGAAAGUAGUGAAUAUACCAAGAUGUCUGAUAAUUUAGAGAGGUGUUUCCAUCGGGCAAUGAUGAAACAUUUUCCUGGCGAAGAUGGAGACACAGAUGAAGAAUUUUGGAUUCGAGAGGAUGAAAAGCGGGAGAGAAGACGGGGUCGGGCCGGACGCAGUGGUGGAAGCCAUGUUUGGACCCGCUCCAGGGACUCCGAAGGGCCCAGCAGGAAACAGCAGCCCGUGGAGAACGGAGGAAAGUCGUUGCCCCCUGCACGCCGAGCCGCCACCUCCGGGGAUGACCAGGGCAGCAGCUCCACACAGCCCCCUCGGGAGGUGGGCACUUCCAACAGCAGAGGCUUCGCUCGCCCCCUGCACUGUGGCGGGAUGCCCAGCCAGACGCCCUUUUUAAACCAGAUGAGGCCAACAGUACCAGGAACAUUUGGUCCUCUUCGAGGAUCAGAUCCUACCAGUUUAUAUGGUUCCUCCGGAGUCCCAGAACCACACCCUGGAGAGCCUGUUGUACAACAGCAUCAGCCUUUUUCCAUGCAGCCUCCAGUUGGAAUUAACAGCCACCAAGGACCUGGGCUAGGCACGCCCGAAGAGAAGCAAAUGUGUGGAGGCCUGGCACACCUUUCUAAUAUGGCACCACAUCCUGGAUCCUUGCAGCUUGGGCAGAUGAGUGGGCCUAGUCAGGAUGGAAACUUGUAUCCUGCAGCUCAAUUCCAGCCAGGAUUUAUUCCUCCCAGGCAUGGCGGCACUCCAGCCCGACCCCCAGACUUUCCUGAAAACACAGAAAUUCCUCCCAGCCACGUGUAUCGAUCAUACAAGUACCUGAAUCGAGUGCACUCUGCUGUCUGGAAUGGGAACCAUGGUGCUACUAAUAACCCAGGACCCUUGGGGCCAGAUGAGAAGCCUCUCUUAGGGCCAGGACCCUCUCACCAGCCUUGCACUCUUGGUCACAUGAUGGAUUCCCGGGUGAUGAGACCACCUAUCCCCCCAAGCCAGUGGACUGAACAAUCAAGCUUUCUACCUCAUGGAGUUCCUUCUUCAGGGUAUAUACGACCACCCUGUAAGUCUGCUGGACAUCGGUUACAGCCACCUCAAGCACCAAGUUCUCUGUUUGGAGCACCCUCCCAGGCUCUGCGGGGGGUGCAGGGAGGGGACUCCAUGAUGGACAGCCCAGAGAUGAUCGCCAUGCAGCAGCUGUCCUCCCGGGUCUGCCCACCAGGUGUGCCUUACCACCCCCGCCAGCCUGUGCCCCCACAUAUUCCUGGCCCUUUCCCACAGGCAGCUCACUCAGCAUCAGUCAGUGUGCCAGCCCCGAGGCCUGCCUUGGGCAACCCUGGGAGGUCACAGGAUAAAAGUGAAACACCAGAGCCUGAAAAUGACCGAGAGCCCUUGCCUGGACUUGAAGAGAAAACAGCAGGCGUUGCUGCUUCUGAGGAAGGGGUAUACCUCAAACAUCUACCUCACCCUGCGCCUGCCCUGCAGCCCGAUUGCACCGGGCAGAGCUCGCCACAAGAAAGGGAAACAGUGGGCCCAGAGCUCAAAAGUGACUCCUCAGAAUGUGCAGACAACUGUAAAGCAGCAAAGGGCAAGACCGCCUGGCCCUCGGAUAGCAGCUACACCAGCCCAGCCGCCCAAGGGUGUCUGAGAGACCUCUCCACUGUGGCAGACAGAGUGACUCUGCCUGAAAAUGGAGUUAUCAGCGAAGCAUCUCCUUGUGGAUCAGAGGGGAAGGGCCUUGGAGGCAGCGGUUCAGAAAAGCCGCCCUGCCCCAGAGGCAAAAUGCAGGACACCAUGCUGUGUACAGGACAGAACACAACACCUCCCCACACAGACCCCAGUCUGAUGGGAGGCGCUAUAAGCCAGUUCUCUCCCUUGUACGUGCCUGGCCUGGAAUUCCCGAAUUCAGCUGCGCAUUAUCACAUCAACCCAGCCCUGCCAGGUUUGGGCCCUGUGGUGGGAGGGAAGUCCUCAGUGUCCCACCCUCAGCAUUUCCCUCCUAGGGGCUUCCAGCCUAACAGUCCUCACUCUGGAGUCUUUCCCCGGUAUCGCCCCCACCAAGGCGUGAGGUACUCCUACCAUCCACCACCUCAGCCUUCCUACCAUCAGUAUCAGCGAGCAACUUACUAUACCUGUCCACAGGGCUUCUCUGACUGGCAGAGACCCCUCCACCCCCAGGGAGGCCCAGGUGGGACCCCAGCUAGCCAGCCGCCCCCAUCACGUUCCCUCUUCUCAGAUAAGAAUGCCGUGGCUAAUCUGCGAGGCUGUGAGACCCUGAAUGCUGCCUUAACUUCCCCAACUCGAAUGGAUGCAGUGGCUGCUAAAGUUGUCCCCACUGACGGGCAAAAUCCUGGUUCAGAAGAAGAGAAGCUGGAUGAGUCUAUGGAAAGGCCGGAGAGUCCCAAAGAAUUUUUAGACCUGGACAACCAUAAUGCGGCCACCAAGCGACAAAGUUCGUUAUCAGCCAGCGAUUAUCUUUAUGGAACUGCUCCUCCACCUCUGAGUUCAGGAAUGGGUUUUGGUUCACCUACUUUUGCACCUCAUGGUGUGAUGUUGCAAGCGGGGCCCCCUUAUACACCCCAGCAGCCGGCCAGUCACCUCCAGCCCAGGGCUUACUCUGCUCCUGGGACAGCUCACCCUCCUCACUGUCCAGCAGCCACCGCCCAACCCAAUGGCCUCUCCCCGGAGGGCCCUGUGUAUCACUGCCAGGAAGAGGGCUUGGGUCACUUUCAGGCUGUAAUGAUGGAACAGAUUGGCAGUGGAAGUGGAAUAAGGGGACCUUUCCAGGAAAUAUACAGACCAUCAGGAGUGCAGAUGCACCCGGUCCAGUCGCAGGCCUCAUUCCCAAAGACCCCAGCACCAGCAGGACCGCAGGAGGAUCUGCCACCUCACAAGCCCCCAACACUUCCUCUGGAUCAGAGCUAGUCCAAGGAGGGGAAAUAGCCACCCAGGAAAUGGAAAGCUGCACGUGAAGACUGGGACAUGGAGAGCUAGGGGAUGACCCUUGCCCAUCUCUAUUCCUGUCACCCUGCUCCAUCCUUCACAGUGACUCACCGUCCCGGAGCCGUUCACUGGGCAGGAAGCACACUCCGUAGAUGACUCACACAGCCAGCAGAGGUCCUGGGUCCAGGAUCGCUUGUGUAGCUGGUAUAGACAGUCGAGAAGAACAAGUGAACCUGGAGUUGAUGAUGACUUUUCCAAAUCCUGAGACUCUUUUCAGGGAAAAUCACUUUAAACUUGGGGGGGGGUACUCAAGAAUGGAGUGGUGCUUUUAAACUUUGAUGAGCAGCUAAACUCAGGUAUAUAUUUGGGGAAGGGACUACUCGUAGUAUUAAUGUUUUUGGAGCUGGGUCCAGUUUACAGAAUUUUCAUGUUGCCUUUUAAAAUAAUUUUUGUUGGUGGUGAAUGUAUUGUACAUAAAGUGGGAAGGGUAGGGUAGGUGGGGAUGUGGAAGAAAGGGGAGUCUUAACUGUGGUGGGCACACAGCACUGGAGUGAUCAUUAUCUGUUUACAAUCAUGUCACACUGCAUACUUUUGGAAGCUGGAUAAGAGCAUAGGAAAGGUUUAAUCUUACGGUAUGUCACUGUCUAUUUCCUUAGUGGCUGGCCAGCCUUUCUGAGUAAACAGCCUUCCUUGAAGCAGCCUAAGAGAGAAUAGUUAUGCUAUCCCCUAACCAUUUCUCUCAGUUUGGAGGCAGAGUGCUUUGCUGUGGCCUACCAGAAGAUUCAGCCCACAGAAACGGGCUGCUCUCUCACUCUGGUGGUCCAACUCCUAUAUUUGAGAAAGUGGUGUCCCUGCCUGGUUUUGCCAACAGCCCUAUCAGAUAGUUGUAAACCAGUAUCAGGAAUUGGGAUCACUAGAGUAUUUCACUUACUGAAUCAUACUCUUCACAGACCUGUCAGGACUGUGAUUUAGAAGGCAACACACAAAGCGUUCUGGCAUGAAUCACACUUUGUGGAAGUGACUACUCAGGUUUGUGUAUGUUAGUAUCAAUAAAGAAAUUGCACAGGUUUGAAUAGGAAAAAUGUAUUCGAUAGAUUGACAGUUUGAAUUUAGGAAUAUUUCAGUAUAUAUAGUUUUUAUUCAUUUUAAGUGAAUCAUAGUAAAAUCAGUCAUGGUGAUUUAAAAUAGUGUCAAGAAUAAGUUCUUGGAAAUUAUUUCUUGUAUCUGUGAUAGGAAACAAUUUUACAGUAUUAAAUUGCUUUAUUACAGUUUUAGAAAUGAGUUACACUGGAAUCUCCCUGUUUAGCAUUCUGUAUUUGAUUUUAGCUAAGAUGUCACCAAAGUUAGGACCCAUGUUAUGAACUUCUGAAUAUCCCACAAGGAAAAGAUUAAGAAAAAUGUCCUGAAAUGAUAGGGGUUGGUAAAGAAUAGUGUGUGUUAAGCAUGCUUUUGCCAUAGUAGAAAAGCCUCCAUGAAAUAUUCAUCUGCCCUAGUUUCGUAUAAAUUCACCUGUGGGUGGAGGCAGUAGAAUCUUUCCCCACAAUUUCAACAUCCUUAAUGAAACCUGGAACUGUCAACAUUUCCACUUUGCUAAACAUGGUAUCAUUGGGAAAGGAAACAAAUUGGAAGCAUCCGUGUUACAGAGAUGGAACUCAAGACAGCGGUUCCAGUGUGAUAAUAGGAGUCACACCAAUAAGUGAAUGCCCAUCAACCUUGGUGGUGGCUCUUAGCAUAUGGGCAGAGUUGAGUAGGGAACACACAUGCCUCUGAGGUAUAAGGCACAAAAAUAUGAAUUUUUCUCUAACAGAGACUUUAAUUUUAAAUUUGGCAUGUUUGCAAGUAGACUGAGUUUUGAGCCUGUGUUCUCAUUGGCUCUUAAUUGUUAGAAACCUAUCACUGGCAUAAUCUGUUUUAGAAAAGUAAAAAGGUCAGAUUGUGGAUAUGUCUUGGUCUGCCCUUGAGCCUAGUAUAAGCUAAAAGGUCAAAACAUUACUACUUCAGUUUCCGUGUUUGUGCAGAAGCACUGAGGAGGGAAAAAGUAGUUUGCGGCUGCUUAGACCUGGUCAAGGCCCUGAGUAUUUGGCCACUUUCUCUUUUCCUGCUAAUGCUGGCUUGAAUUGGAGGCUGCUAACUUUUCCCUAAGUAGGAGUAUGGUAACCAAUGGGGCCUUUUCCCAUGGUGCUAACACUGUAGGAGUUGCUUUGUGCUGAAUAACCUAGAGGCCUGGGUAGGAGUGGACUGUAACUAAAAGUGGGGCUGGUUGUACCCUUCCCUUCUGCCCUCCUGGUAUUUGAGCAGCUAUGUGCACAUUGCUCAGGGUAACCCUGUCUCCUCAUUCCCCCAGCCCCCUACCUCCAAUUACCUGUUGUUAGAAAGAUGCUGUGAACAAUAUUAGAAAAAAUGAAUUAAAUCCUUGAUUCUUA